AUGAAGUUCCUUUCGCUCCUCUCUCUCCUUCCCCUGGCCGCGGCCGCCCCUGGCCUGACCGUCCCCAACGAGAACGUUCUCAACAAGGUCCGCGUCGUCGGUGUCUCUCUCCUCGGCUCCGGCUGCCCUGCGGGCACCGCCGAUGUCCAGAUCGAUGCCUCCAAGACGCUCCUCGAAGUCACCUUCUCCGAGUACAUCAUCCAGACCGGCCCGGGCACCAAGGCCGCCGACUGGCGCAAGAACUGCAAGCUCACGCUGAACCUCGAGUUCGACGAGGGCUUCUCUUUCUCCACCCUCGCCACGGACAUGUCUGGCUUCGCGCAGAUCCCCAAGGGCUCGCGCGGCCUGUGCACCAACACGUUCGACUUCACGGGCAUCCAGGGCCAGUCGUACUACUCGGUGGCGCUGGCGGGCGAGCGCGAGGGGCCCUUCACCCUCAGCGCCGACCCGGACGUCUUUUUGCGCUUUGCCCCUGACCUUGUUUCGAAAACUGUUGCUGAUGAUGGUGGGGUGUGGAGGUUGUCGGACCUUGGAGGAGAAGGGUGA